AACAUCAAAACGCGUAUCGGCUCUUCCCUUUCCUUAUUAUCGUUCAAGCUUCGAGUCGUGUCGGUUCGUUCGUUCACUCAACUUUUUUGUUGGUUAAAAGGCAUCCGACACAUUUUCUAUAACGCCCGGCUUCUAAUUGAUUCCGACCAACGUUUUUCUUGCAAUCGCUUUUCAAAUCCGUUGCUCAACCAUGAUGAAACAUUUUGCCAUCAUUUGCUGCCUCAUUGUUCUAGUCGCCAUCAGUGCCGACGCUGAAACGGAGUUCAUCUGUCAGUUCUCAUCGAAAACGUUGGCUUGCCGAAAUGGCAAGAGUCUCGACAUCAAAUUCGCUAAUUACGGCCGCAUCGGUCACAACGUUUGCUGGCGCGGCAGUUAUCGUUCGGGAGCCGAUCGGAUCAACAAUUGCUACGACGAAUCGCACACGGACUUGGUGGGCAUGCUCUGCAACGGGCAAACCACCUGCGUUCUGCCCGCCUCCAACGAGGUGUUUGGCGACACCUGUCCGGGUGUUUUAAAAUAUUUGCAAGUCAAAUAUCAUUGCGUCUAAAGGACGAAACUGAACAAAAACGAAAGCGCGACGAGUUUUCGAUGUUGUUUUUCGACAAACCGCGUUACACCCGCAGAUGUACAACCAUCGACUUUUCUUUUUUCAAACAGGUCACGUGUCUCAUUACAAUACGUUUAUGUUUUUUGUUUUUUGUUGUUUUGUUUUAUGUCUCCUGCCCUUCUUGUAUAAAUUAUUUGCGAGUGCCGCUUUUCCGUUUCACAGGAGAAAUGGUUGGAAACAAUGUUUUUUGCUUAUUAUGACGUCCAUACCGUACGAACUUAGACAUUAUUCCGCCCUGAAUGUUAUAUUAUAUGCCUAUAUAUAUUUUGAUCAUAUUAAUCAAUCGUUGGACAAACACCUUCAGUGACUCUGUCCCUUUCAAAAAGGGAUGGCUGCUGUCGUGUAGUAUAUGAGAGCCCUAUAUACCAUCGCAUAUACUGUAAAUGUCUCCAUUUUAUUCUUCGACGUCUAUAUACCAGCAAGAACUUACUUGACUACUAUAUCAGUCACUCUGUUACAUAUAAAUAUAUCAUUACCGUUAACGACGCGUAGGUCUACGUAUAUCUAUCAAUACAUAUAUGCUAUUCAAUCAGCAA